GGAAGCGGACGGCGGGCGCUCCCCAUGGCGACGGCGGAGCAGCGCUGGGGGCCGCCAUGUCCUUCAAGCGGGAUGGGGACGACGCGGGGCAGCUGGCGGUGCUGCAGAGGAGACGCGUGGCGGAGCUGUUGGCCAAUUACAUCCCGGAGGACGAAGCGCUGCUGCUGAGGAGCGGGAGAUACGCCUGCACGGUGUGCCCGCACCGCCCCGUCUUCGACACGCUGGAGGUGCUGGCGGUGCACCGGGCCGGCAGGAAGCACGUGGGCAGCCUACGGCGCUGCUACGGCGGCAGCCGCGCUCAGGAGGCGGCGGUGCGGGAGCGGCAGUGCCAGGAGGUGGCGCUGAGCACUGAGGGCUCCGCGGCCCCUCUGCUGCUCAGGACGAGGCGGAUCGCGCAGAGCGCGCUGCUGAAGGCCGCUCCGUACAGCAGCUGCUGCCGGAGGACGGGGGCGGAUGGAAGCGGGGCGAGAGCGGGAAGGGCCCGAAUGGGGCCGAGCGCCGCCCCCACAGCCAUGAAGGAGCGCAGGGAUGCAGUGGAGGCCGCUGCUGCAGUUGUGCUGCCCGGGCAGUGCGGUGCGGGAGGAGAGGCAGCACCGGGUUCCACCCACGCCCAGGAGGGCGUCCCGAGGGGGGCUCCGCCAUCGCCGCCCCCCACCCGGCCCACAGCCGUCAGCCCCACACGGCGCCAGGCGCUGCAGCGAUACCUACAGCUGCGGAGCGCCGGGUGGAUCCAGGACCCCUCUGGGAAGUGGCUGAAGGAUGAGAACGCCGAGUUUGACUCUGAUGAGGAUGAGCCCCCUCCGCUGCUGCCCACCUGAGGUGCCCAUCCUCCAGGGCUGCCCCCAGCCCCACUGCUGUGAGAACGGGGCAGCUGGAGACGAAGGGCUGUGCGGGCCGUGGGGAAAUACAGCCUGGUGCUGCGGCGUCCGGCGUUGGGGGUCCCCUCGUUUUGUACUCACAGAGCGCCCCUUUUUGGGGGUGUCCCUAUCGUAGCACUGCAGUCUCAGUGUGGGCUCUGGGCUGUCCCCAGCUGUCCCUGCCCCAGGUCACGCUCAGCGCAGUGCAGGCGUGGCUGCCCGGGGGGUCACAGCCUUUGGGGGUGGCAGCGUUGGGCUCCCCCUCCUGGUGCUCCCAGCAGCUGUCCCUGCGGUCGGCGGAGCGCCCAUCCACGUCACCCCCACCUCCCCCCAUCAGCCUGUGGGUCCCAUGGGUGCUCCCACCUCAGGGCACAGCCCCUCACCCUGCCAACUCCCAAACCACUGCUCCCACCCCGGGGAGAGACCCCCCCCAUCCCCCCCAGCCUGUAUGUCCCGUGGGCCCCAGAGCUCCUGUCCAGGGUGGGGGGGGGGGGGGCUCCCUGGCAGCGCUGCCCCAGCUGAUGUUACACCUGGGCACUGGGAUUUACCCGCUUGCUCAGCUCGGGGCCAUAAAUAGUUGUUGGGAUGGGCGCCAGGGCUGCAGUGGGUGCCAACACCAACCCAGCACUGGGCUGAGGGGCUCCUCCCAGAGCCCUGCAGACCCUCACCCACCCCACAGACCCACAGUGCUGGCUGUUAUGGGCCUUGGGUGCCCGAUUCUGAGCCCUAUGGGUGCCCACCUCCCUCCUGGGGGUGUCUCACUUCCACCCCCUGCCCCCCCAAAAUCCUGGCGUUGCUCUGGGCCCUGUAACCCAAUCCCUUGGGUAUAAAUACCCCGACCAUACAGCUUGCUGCUUCCCGAGGGGAUCCAGAGGUCCGGCUGGGCCCUUUAACGAGCCCUUCGUUAACAGUUCAAUGUAAUUGGGGCCCUCGGGGUCUCAGGCUGUGAAAGAGGGCAUUACAGUCUACAAGCCAGCUCUG